AUGACAACUGAAUCCGACACCAGAGAUGGCAAUUUACGAGUAUAUAGUUUCUUGUGUGCUGCUGACUUUUGUCUGUUUUUCUCCUAUGUAUUAUGCCUAGACACGGCUAACGAGUACGGUCGCGACCAAUUCCGGGAACUAAAAUUCCCUAAUAGAAGCCUUUUCAAUAUCAGUGAUGAUUCGUUCUGUGAAACUAAUACCUCGUCACAAAGGUACGAGGAAAGGAAAACUGUUCAGAAGUUAGUGUCAGAAUGGGAUGUGUACAUAUCAAUAGCCCAGGGAGUCCAGCUUAUUCUGUCCAGUAUGUUGUUUUCACCACUGAGUGAUUCCAUUGGGAGAAGGUCAUUUCUUUUCGCUGGAUCGCUUGAAGGUUUCAGUGGAAGCUGGUUUGCUCAGCUGGUCAUAGCUAUGACGGUUGUUUCUGACCUAACCAAAGCAGGAAAAUCCAGAUCCUAUUUAAUCACUGUGUUCAGUUUUAUGUACAGUGUUGGAUUUUCUUUGGGAACAUUUAGUUCUGCCUAUGUGGUUGCGUAUUGGGGAUACGAACACUCUAUGGCAAUCCCCUGUUGA